CCGUCUUCUCUUCUUCACACCCAACACACAAUAGGCAUCAUGGCACCUGGCAAAGCGCCCGCGGGCCACUUCUCGAUCCUCUACUUUGCCGCUGCUUCAACGUUUACGGGCAAGACGAGCGAACACCUGCCUGCGCCAGUCAAGGCGGGCGGCCUGUUUGCUCUGCUCGAGGACAGGUAUCCCGGCAUGAAGGACAAAGUGCUGAGCAGCUGUGCGUUGACGGUCAACCUGGAGUAUAUACAUGUCAACGAGGAAGAUGCAGAGCAGCAGAUUGACGAGGGCGAUGAAGUGGCCAUUAUCCCGCCAGUCAGCUCAGGAUGAAGGAAUGAAAGAAGGGAGCUUUUAAUGCAUGAUGACUGUACGAAUUGCUGCGUGUUUGCAGCCUAGUAGCUAGUAGCUAGUAGCUGAAUGAUGACGACUGCCGU